AUGGGCCGAAUCUACGAUCUUGUCAUCCUCGAGCCCAUGGCCGGCAAAAGCGAGGUGGGCCUCCAGACCGCACUGCACGUGAGCGAGCUUCUCCGGAAAGACUUGCGAUGGGCCGUGGCCGGGAAGGAUGGCGAUGCUUUGGAGGAUUGCCUGGACGCUUUGAGGAGGGAGCCGAAUCGCUCAUUACCUGCGGUCGAGGUAUGCGCCGGUAGCCAGGAAGAGAUCAUAGAGUUAGUGCAGAAGACCAAGGUCAUCAUCAACUUGUCUACGAUCAGUGAUGGCCGAGGAGAGAUUGUGGUCAAGGCUUGUGCGAACCACGGGACGCAUUAUCUUGAUACAGUAAACGAUAUCCACUGGCUCGGAGGCAUCAUCCGGAAAUACCAUACCGUUGCGAGAGAACACAACGCUAUUAUCCUCUCCCACAUCAGCGUCGAAAGCACGCCGCAAGACCUCUUGACUGUAUGCGCCGUGCUGAAACUGAAGUCCAAGUUAAACCUGCAAACCAAAGAGCUUAUCUGCGCCAUCAACCAAUCCACCUGCCCAAGCUGCCCGAGCCGCCCGAGCCGCCCGCGUCUCACAAACCGCCUAUCGACCGGCGCAUCGGAUUCCUCCGGCCCCUUGAGAUCCCCCGCGAAAUCCCCCCGACAUCCGCCGCUGAACCCCUUUUACCUCUCCCUGAUCCGUGGCCGCACCUCCUGUUGCAACCUGAACCGCUUGGGCCGCCGCCGUGAACUCACGCUCGGCCUCCUCGCUCCCUCGCAAACGCUCACGAGCCAGCAGACCCGGGUGCUGGUACAUCGAGGCUGGGCCCUGCAGCAGGAUGGCAAGCUCUACGGCGAGAACUUCUACUACAACGAGUACUUCGAAGCAGAACGCGCGCCGGACCUACGGGAACCCAGGAGGGGACUGGGCUGGAUGAAGAUGCUGUCCUGUUCGAGGAGGGAGGAACCUCCGGAAGUAGCCCCAGUAGAGAGGAAACCCCACAUCUCCGUGAGGGCGAUAGCAGUAGCCGACCAGGAAGGCGCCUUUCCCGAGCGGGCCCUCGCCGAGUUCUCGUACAAGGGCACCUCCACCGAGCUCGUCGCCGCCUUCCUCGCCCGAGGCGCCGCCACCAUCCUGCACACCAAAGGCCUGCUCAAGAGGGUCGGCGGCGGGGGUGUGCUGACGCCGGCGGUACUGGGGAUGGAUUACGUGGAUCUCUUGGGGCGGGCGGGCGUUGAGAUUAGCGGGGAGUUGAUGUGA